CUAUUUUGUUGAAAUGAUUUUUUCAUGUGUUUUAUUGGUUUUUGUGUUUGUGCACACGUAUAAAUGUUGGACAGAGAAAGUUAGGGCUUUUAUUUUCACUGAGCUACUCAAACUGGUCUGAUUGUUUUCAUGUUUAUCAUUCCCAUGGGUUCAUGCUGAUGUAAUGGUUUACGUAGGAAGAGUAAAAUAUAUUAUUGGAUAGGUUUGUUGCAGAUUAGCUCUGUCUAGCUGUUAUUUGAAAGUACUGGGUUGUUAAUCCUGUCAUAGGCACACCAGCGCACGUGCACACCUCUCUUUUUGGACGCAAGUUCCCCACAGGCAGGGGGCGGGGGUUGCAAUAAUAGUUAGCGGGACUUUUAAAUGUUAGAAUUUCUUGGACAGCAGAAUGAGUGACAACGUUUUUGACGGACAGAUAUUUGCGGAGAAGUUGUCGAAACUCAACAGUUCACAGCAAAGUAUUGAAUCAUUAUCCCGUCUGUGCAUUUCUCAUAGGAAGAAAGCUAGACAGAUUGUUGAAACUUGGGACAAAGCAUUCAGUACAGCUCAGCGAGAUCAGCGUGUUUCUUUCCUAUAUUUGGCCAAUGAUAUCCUGCAAAACAGUAGGCGAAAGGGCAGUGAGUUUGUCAAUGAAUUUUGGAAAGUUCUCCCUGCUGCUCUGAAGCAUGUUUAUGACAAUGGUGAUGAAAAUGGAAAGAAAGCAGCCUGUAGACUGGUGGACAUAUGGGAAGAGAGGAAAGUUUUUGGAUCUCGGGGUCAGAAUCUUAAAGAUGAAAUGCUGGGUAAGCAUCCUCCUCCCUCAAUCAGCAAUGGAAAGAGUUCAAAUCCUAUUAAGAUAGUGAAGAGGGAUUCUCACUCACUAAGAAUCAAAUUGGCUGUUGGAGGUAUGCCAGAAAAGAUAUUAACUGCGUUUCAGUCGGCGCAUGACGAAAAUGUUACAGAAGAGACUGCUUUAAACAAGUGUAAAGCUGCUGCAAGUCUUGUAGGGAAAAUGGAGAAAGAAGUGGAAAUCACUUCUGCUCAAGGCAAUCAACAAGGAUCGUUAUUGAUUGAUGAGAUACAGGAGCAGGAAAAUAUACUUGAGCAAUGUGUUAGUCAACUUGAAAAUGCUGAAGCAAGUAGGGGCGCCUUGGUUUCUCAGCUCAAAGAAGCCAUUCAAGAGCAGGAAUUGAAGAUGGAACUUCUUCGGACGCAGUUGCACGUCACUAGAGGACACAUUGAACAUUUGGAUAAUAUGAAGCACAUGCUGAUGUCACCCCGUGUUCCUGCAUCUCUGGCUGCUGCUACUAACCAACCGACGGAAUCCCCUCUUGUGCCUUCGCCUCAUGCAAUCACUAACAACCAAUUGUUGCAACCUGUCAAUUCGUUUGCAAGUGUAAAGACUAGUGAAGAAGAGAACAAGAAAGCAGCAGCAGCUGCAGUUGCCGCUAAGCUUACUGCUUCUACAUCCUCUGCACAGAUGCUUACCUCCAUUCUUUCAUCUCUCGUUGCUGAGGAGGCUGCCUCCAAGAGUAGUGGUGCUCUAAAAUCAGCUGGAUUCUCCUCUAGUUUACCCAUGUUUCCCCCGGAAAAACGACCUAGACUUGAGAAUCCAUUGCCUGUUACAGAUGUCAACACUAAUUCUGACAUGGGUGGUGGUACAGGGUAUUUUACCUCUCUUCAAUCCAUUCAAACAAACCAGAUGCAAUCUCCAUUUCCACCCCCACCACCACCACCUGUUCCUUCUGGAAAUUCCUCAGCAAACCAAUUUGUUCAACCUAGUGGUAUGAUGAUGGGGGUUAUGCCUUAUGCGUACGGUGCUACUAGUCUGCCGCCACCUCCGCCUCCCCUGCCUUCGCAUAUAGCACAGCAAUUAGCAAGACCGCCCCUUCAGCCACCACUACCACAGCAGCCCCCGCCGCCACCACAGCAGCAGCAGCAGCAGAUGAAUGGAGGGUACUAUCGGCCGCCAGGUAUUGGUUUCCAGGGGCAAAGUCAUCAGCCAACAACACCACCGCCAGUGCCUCGGCAAUGAGUUUCUUCUGUAUUGGGAGAUAGAGGGGUAUAUGUAGAGCUCAUUUCGUUAUGUACAUUAAUAGGUGUCUUUAGUUCAUUGUAAGAAUUUUUUUGCGUAUUUCAUUUCCUACAGUUUUUACUUCCCCCUUGACGCCUCUCCCCCAGUCCCAACUUAAAUGUGCUGCUUUGUAGUGGCAACAGAUUAUGUAGCUGAAGUGUAACCUGUCUGUAAAAUACCGGUGAAGCGAUGAUUUAAGCGUAGGGAAGGGAUCUCGGCUCUCUGAAACCGAAAAACGAGCUGUGAGGAGCCAACCUUAAAUCUACUAUCCGAGCUACAGUUAGUAGGUGUGCUGUAUUACUUUCAGCACACAAGUAAAACUGGGGUAAAAUGCUCUGUUUAACUGAAUGUUUUGUAAGAUGGUUGUAACUGUGGCUACUGCAUCUAUCUACACAAAACUUACUUUGAGAAGCAA